AUGAGUGGCAAGCCGCUCCAGUUUGGACUUAAUGUGUCCAAGACAUCCAAGCCAUUAGCUGUAUCUGGAGGGAAACUCUCCUUUACUCUGGGUCGCAAGAAAGUAGCCAACCCACUUGCUGGCCAGGAGCGAGACUCGGACGAAGAACAGAACGAUACAUCAGCAACCAUUACAACCAUUCAGGAUUUUGACUCUGUUGGCUCCAACAGUCAUGAUAGAUUAGAUAACGGAGCCGAUGCCACACGAAUAGCAGCUGCAGAAGAGAGAGAGCGCAAUCGACUAGCUAGCAAACUGGAGCAGCAGCGAGUAAAUGCCGAGCUACGGGCCAUUCAGGCAAAACAAGUAGCUGCAGUUGAAAUAGCAGAGCAAUUGGCAAAAGAAUCCGAUCCCACUCUGUUUGACUAUGACACUGCAUAUGAUUAUCUAAAAGAAGCUAGCUUGAUUAAGCAACGACAGAGAGAUGGUGCCAAUGACGACUCAAUUCGAAAAAAGCCAAGAUAUAUUGAGGCCUUGCUAUCUGCAUCCUCAAAACGCAAGAUUGAACUUGAAAGAGCAGAAGAGCGUAAGAUCCAGCGAGAGAGAGAGGAGGAUGGAGACAAGUUUGGCGAAAAGGAUAUGUUUGUCACCGAGGCUUACUUGCAGCGCAAGGAAGAGCUUCGCAAGAUUGAAGAGGAGGAAAAGCGUAAAGAAGAAACUGAAGCCAACAAUCGUGAUAUGACUGGAUUCUACAAGAAUAUUCUGGAAAGACAAGAAGCAGAUGCUGUAGAUCUUGCCAAGAUUGCUGCGUUGGCUGCACAAAAUAUCAAUGACGAUACGGGAAAACACAAGCUGACAUUGUUGGACGAAGCUUUGGAAACAGAACGACUAGAACGUGAGCGACAGCGACAGAUUCUCGAGUCGGGUAAUAUUAUUAUGAACGACUUUGAUGAAAUUGUAGACAAACGACAACUACUCGCUGGAGGACUUAAUCUGACUGUCAAGACAUUAAAGCAAAUUGAACUCGAAAGAAAGGAAAGCGAAGAACGCAAGGAGCUCGAACUAAAGGCUAAACAAUCUCGAGAUGCAGAGCAAAGAGCACAACGAGUUCGUGCUCAGCGCGCUCGAGAACAAGCCAACAGAUCGGCCAAGGCAUCAUUGCAGCAACAGGAGCAGAAAAAGCAGGAGGCUGCUGAAGAGGCGGAGCAAAACAAGGCUCGAUUAGAAGUGAUGGCAGCGUCCAAAGUAUCUGAUAUCCAAGUACAGAGUGCACGAGACAGAUACCUUGCCAGAAAAAAAGCAGAUGAAUCCAAAUAA